CCAGACAGGCAGGUGGACACACUGAGGAAGACCCUCCACCCUCGAGAGCCCUCCACAAAAGAACACACCGCCCCUUGGCCCCCAGGAAGGGAGCACAAUGGAGGCUGCACACUCCAAGACCACGGAGGAAUGUUUGGUCUAUUUUGGGGUGAGUGAGACCACAGGCCUCACCCCAGACCAAGUUAAGCGGCAUCUGGAGAAAUUCGGCCCCAAUGAGCUCCCUGCUGAGGAAGGGAAGUCCCUGUGGGAGUUGGUGGUGGAGCAGUUUGAAGACCUUCUGGUGAGGAUCCUGCUCCUGGCUGCCUGCAUUUCCUUUGUGCUGGCCUGGUUUGAGGAAGGCGAGGAGACUGUCACUGCCUUCGUUGAACCCUUUGUCAUCCUCUUGAUCCUCAUUGCCAAUGCCAUUGUGGGGGUUUGGCAGGAGCGAAAUGCAGAGAACGCCAUCGAGGCAUUGAAGGAGUAUGAACCCGAGAUGGGGAAGGUCUACCGGGCUGACCGCAAGUCAGUUCAAAGGAUCAAGGCUCGGGACAUUGUCCCAGGGGACAUUGUGGAGGUGGCCGUGGGAGACAAAGUCCCUGCAGAUAUCCGCAUCCUCACCAUCAAAUCCACCACCCUGCGGGUUGACCAAUCCAUCCUGACAGGCGAGUCUGUGUCUGUCAUCAAGCACACAGACCCCAUUCCUGACCUCCGAGCUGUCAACCAGGACAAGAAGAACAUGCUUUUCUCGGGCACCAAUAUUGCAGCCGGCAAAGCCUUGGGCAUCGUGGCCACCACGGGCGUGAGCACCGAGAUUGGGAAGAUCCGUGACCAAAUGGCUGCCACAGAGCAGGAAAAGACCCCACUACAGCAGAAGCUGGACGAGUUCGGGGAGCAGCUCUCCAAGGUCAUCUCCCUCAUCUGCGUAGCUGUCUGGCUCAUCAACAUUGGCCACUUCAACGAUCCCGUCCACGGGGGCUCCUGGAUCCGUGGCGCCAUCUACUACUUUAAGAUUGCCGUGGCCCUGGCUGUGGCCGCAAUCCCAGAAGGUCUGCCCGCAGUCAUCACUACCUGCCUGGCCUUGGGCACCCGCCGGAUGGCAAAGAAGAACGCCAUCGUGAGGAGCCUGCCCUCCGUGGAGACCCUGGGCUGCACGUCUGUCAUCUGUUCCGACAAGACAGGCACUCUAACCACCAACCAGAUGUCUGUCUGCAAGAUGUUCGUCAUUGACAAAGUAGAGGGGGACAUCUGCACUUUGAAUGAGUUCUCUAUCACUGGUUCCACUUACGCUCCAGAAGGAGAGGUCUUGAAGAAUGAUAAGCCAGUCCGGUCGGGGCAGUAUGAUGGGCUGGUGGAGUUGGCCACCAUUUGUGCCCUCUGCAAUGACUCCUCCUUGGACUUCAAUGAGGCCAGAGGCGUCUAUGAGAAGGUGGGCGAGGCCACCGAAACAGCGCUCACUACCCUGGUGGAGAAAAUGAACGUGUUCAACACCGACGUCAGGAACCUCUCGAAGGUAGAGAGGGCCAACGCCUGCAACACGGUGAUCCGCCAGCUAAUGAAGAAGGAAUUCACCUUGGAGUUCUCCCGAGACAGAAAGUCCAUGUCUGUUUAUUGCUCCCCAGCCAAGUCAUCCCGGGCUGCUGUGGGCAACAAGAUGUUUGUUAAGGGUGCCCCUGAGGGGGUCAUCGACCGCUGUAACUACGUGCGAGUUGGCACCACUCGGGUGCCAAUGACCGGGCCAGUGAAGGACAAGAUCCUGUCCGUGAUCAAGGAGUGGGGCACUGGCCGGGACACCCUACGCUGCCUGGCCCUGGCCACCCGGGACACGCCCCCCAGGCGAGAGGAGAUGAUCCUGGAGGACUCUGGCAAGUUUGUGGAGUACGAGGUGGACCUGACAUUUGUGGGCGUGGUGGGGAUGUUGGACCCGCCACGCAAGGAGGUCAUGGGCUCCAUCCAGCUGUGCCGUGACGCCGGCAUCCGGGUCAUCAUGAUCACAGGGGACAACAAGGGCACGGCCAUCGCCAUCUGCCGGCGAAUCGGCAUCUUUGAGGAGGAUGAGGAGGUGGCCGACCGAGCCUACACGGGCCGGGAGUUUGAUGACCUGCCCCUGGCCGAGCAGCGGGAUGCCUGCCGUCGUGCCUGCUGCUUUGCCCGCGUGGAGCCCUCCCAUAAGUCAAAGAUUGUGGAGUAUCUGCAGUCCUUCGAUGAGAUCACAGCCAUGACAGGUGACGGCGUUAACGAUGCCCCGGCCCUGAAGAAGGCCGAGAUCGGCAUCGCCAUGGGGUCGGGCACCGCUGUGGCCAAGACCGCCUCUGAGAUGGUGCUGGCCGAUGACAACUUCUCCACCAUUGUGGCGGCCGUGGAGGAGGGCCGCGCCAUCUACAACAACAUGAAGCAGUUCAUCCGCUACCUCAUCUCCUCCAACGUGGGCGAGGUGGUCUGCAUCUUCCUGACGGCCGCCUUGGGGCUGCCCGAGGCCCUGAUCCCUGUGCAGCUGCUGUGGGUGAACCUGGUGACCGACGGGCUCCCGGCCACAGCCCUGGGCUUCAACCCCCCCGACCUGGACAUCAUGGACCGGCCUCCCCGGACCCCCAAGGAGCCCCUCAUCAGCGGCUGGCUCUUCUUCCGCUACAUGGCGAUUGGAGGCUACGUGGGUGCAGCCACGGUGGGUGCAGCUGCCUGGUGGUUCCUGUAUGCGGAGGACGGGCCUCAGGUCACCUAUAGCCAGCUGACCCACUUCAUGAAGUGCAACGAGGACAACCCAGACUUUGAGGGUGUGGACUGUGAGGUCUUCGAGGCCCCAGAGCCCAUGACCAUGGCCUUGUCCGUGCUGGUCACCAUUGAGAUGUGCAAUGCUCUCAACAGCCUGUCUGAGAACCAGUCUCUGCUGCGGAUGCCGCCCUGGGUGAACAUCUGGCUGGUGGGCUCCAUCGGCCUCUCCAUGUCCCUCCAUUUCCUCAUCCUCUAUGUCGACCCCCUGCCGAUGAUCUUCAAACUCCGGGCCCUGGACUGGAACCAGUGGUUCAUGGUCCUCAAGAUCUCAUUUCCCGUUAUCUUGCUUGACGAAUGCCUCAAGUUCGUUGCUCGGAACUAUCUGGAGGAUCCAGAAGAUGAAAGAAGGAAGUAACCUUCUUCCCCACCCUGAUAGAGCGAUGCGUCUUCUUCAGCCCGAGCUGUGGCACAGAACCCCAUCCCCGGCCCCUCAACUGCCCUCUACAUGUUUCUGUUUAUAAACACAACGUCCCCUUCACUUCCCCUUCCCUCUUACCUUUGUAAAACCUCCCCACUUCCUGACCUCGUGGGGCUUGCAGGGACAAGGCGAAUGACUGAUCUGAGCUGCUUAUUUAUUGAAAAUAAAUGACAGAAAAGUC